GUCAAUCAGCGCUGGGCGGCAGCCCCCCGCGCGGGGGCUCGGAGAUGCCAGGCUCGGCGACAGGCGGCGGCAGCGGCGGCGGCCACCACGGCGCAGACACACGCCUUCCCGCCGGCGCGCGCCGGGGUAGAGCGGGCGGCCGGGCGGCCGAGCCACCCCUGGAGCUGCGCGCGGGGCGGGCAGGGCCUCCGGCUCGGCAUGGAGCCCGAGAUGCAGGCGGCGGAGGAGGGGCCCAGCGCGCCCCGCAUCUACAAGCAGCGCGGCCCCUACAGCGUCCUCAAGACGUUCCCCAGCCGGCGGCCGGCGCUGGCCAAGCGCUACGACAGACCCACGCUGCUGGAGCUGCCGCCCGCGCGGCCAUCCCCGCUGCCGCCGCCGCCGCCGCCGCCGCCCUUCGCGCCGCUCGCCGCCGUGCCCAUCAGCAGCAGCGAGCCGCCGCCGUUCCCGACGCAGCCGUCCUACCCGGCCGGGGCAGGCCGGGCCCCCGCCGCCGCCGCCGCCUCGUCGUCGUCGCCGUCCUGCACGCCCGCCGCGCCCCCCAGCCACCCGAGGACUCCGGCGCCGCCGCCGCCCACGGCCCCCGCCGCCUCGUCGUCGUCGUCCUUCGCCGCCGUCGUCAGGUACGGCCCGGGCCCGGCCAGCGGCGCGGGCAGCAGCAGCGCGGGUAGCGACGGCGUCAGCGUGGAGCUCAGUGCAGAGAGCCGGAUGAUCUUGGAUGCCUUUGCCCAGCAAUGCAGUCGUGUUCUUAGUCUCUUAAAUUGUGGAGGAAAACUUCUGGACUCCAGCCAUUCUCAGUCCAUGAUUUCUUGCGUCAAGCAGGAAGGCUCUAGUUAUAACGAAAGACAGGACCAGUGUCACAUUGCAAAGGGAGUCCAGAGCCAGACCCCUGACAACAUAGACAUAGAAAUGCAAUAUAUGCAAAGAAAACAACAAACUUCUGCCUUUUUGAGAGUGUUCACUGACUCGCUCCAAAAUUACCUGCUCUCGGGGAGCUUCCCAACUCCAAACACCUCAGCGGUCAGUGAGUAUGGCCACCUGGCUGAUGUGGACCCUCUCUCAACCUCCCCGGUGCAUACAUUAGGUGGCUGGACCUCCCCGGCGACAUCUGAGUCCCACGGUCACCCAUCCUCCUCUACGCUGCCGGAGGAAGAGGAGGAAGAGGAAGGCUACUGUCCUCGAUGCCAGGAGCUGGAGCAGGAGGUUAUCUCAUUGCAACAAGAAAACGAAGAGCUCAGAAGGAAGUUAGAAAGCAUUCCAGUGCCCUGCCAGACCGUCCUAGAUUACCUAAAGACAGUAUUGCUGCACCACAACCAGCUCCUGCCGCAGCCCGCAGACCAGCCCACCGAGGGAAGCAAGCAGCUGUUGAACAACUAUCCUGUCUACAUAACGAGCAAACAGUGGGACGAGGCUGUAAAUUCUUCCAAGAAAGACGGGCGGCGGCUCCUCCGAUACCUCAUCAGAUUUGUUUUCACAACCGAUGAGCUUAAGUACUCAUGCGGCCUUGGGAAAAGGAAAAGGUCAGUUCAGUCAGGAGAGACAGGUCCUGAAAGACGCCCUCUGGAUCCAGUUAAAGUCACGUGCCUCCGAGAAUUCAUUAGGAUGCACUGUACCUCCAAUCCCGACUGGUGGAUGCCCUCGGAGGAGCAGAUAAACAAAGUGUUCAGCGAUGCCGUGGGUCACGCCCGACAGGGCCGGGCAGUGGGAACUUUCCUGCACAACGGCGGCUCGUUUUACGAAGGGAUGGAUCACCAGGCGUCCCAGGAUGAGGUCUUCAACAAGAGUUCACAGGAUGGAUCUGGGGACUAGCGGACAGAAUCUUCACCCUCCCAGUGGUGUUUUUGUGUUUUGUUUUUUGUUUUGUUAAGAGCUCCAGUUGUGAAUGUCCAUUUCCUGUCACCCUAGAGUCCAAAGCAUGUCCUUCUGUCAGACCCCUGCCCCACUGCCACAGUUCCCAAAUAGAAAUCCACUUUGGAGUUUUCUGGGAUGUCUCUGGCACCUGCAGUAGUGUUGGAUGUAUUCUAUCACCAAGGAAAAGGUACAGUUGACAUAAGUCAUUACUAGCUAGACAUUGAGGGUGUCUCCUGUCCCAAGUCUUCAGGUCAGCCUGGCCUCCUGAGCAGAGCUGGUCUCCUGGGAAGGUUCAGUUAGUGUUCUUGCACGUGGGGGAAGGAAAGACACAGACUUGUUUUAAGGGACUAGCAACAAGCAUUUUCUUAUGUAAUUCAAGUUAAGUUUUGUCUUUUGAUUUUCCAAAGACUUAAAUUCAGAGUUCUCAGCAAAGACACAGGAUAGGUGACACCGUAAGCGUUCAUAUAGUAGAAGCCAGAGAACGGAGGCCGUGUCUGUUCAGUUGAGGUCAGCUACUUUUCCGUUAUCUUCUAGACAAAACUCACUGUGCCGAUCAGAAAGGCAGUCUGAUUCUGUGGCUUACGAGCGGGAGAUUUCCCUUAUAUCUUUAGGAACAUCCAGAGAUUCAGAACCGUUUUCCAAUGCCUCAUUUCCUAAGUUCCUUGAUGCACAGCUUCCAUAGCCUUAAGUCAGCACAGUGCCAGUAGUGGGUUCAGUGAGAAUUCCCACCAGCUAGCUGUUGGGUAAGACCAAGCCCAGGCUGUCACUGAUGGUCUGGCAUUGCAGACAGACAUGCAGCUUCAAGGCCGUUCUGACAACUAUGCGGUGGCCUGGUGGUGAGUUCUCUGAAAUUGGAGGACCUUUCUGGACUGAGUGGCAGUUUAGAAUGUAUGAAACUUCUCUUUCCCGUCAUCGUGGAUGAAUACGCCUCAUCCAGCCGUGCCUCUCCUUUCCUCGCUAGUCCUCUGCAGUCUGAGCUCUCAGUUAACUGUUCUGCUUGCCUAGCUAAUCUGUGGAAUCCAUAUGUGAGAGUAGUGGUGCCCUGGGAGCCACUUCCCAGCAGAGGGUACAGAGGUGCUAUAAUUGUGUCUAAUAGGGAUUGAACUUUGGACAUGAGAGACUCGCUUUACCAGACGAGUCAAGAUUACUGUGUUCUUUGUGGAACCAAGAGCUAAAUGGGCAGCCUUUGUUGAAGAUCGUGAAUGUCAUCUACGAACACAGUGAAGAGCUUUGAAAUUGGGAUAGAAAUUCAGAUUAUCCAUUUAGGAAAGGGACUCUUGGGGAGGCCAGUUUUGUCAAAAAUCACAAUAUGUUAACAAUAUAUUCAAUAUUUAGUGUCAGUUUGAACAAAUCAGCUGAGCAGUUUAGAAGUAAAAGAAAUUGAGUAAAUGAACUGUCAUUUACAAUAGGGGAGAGCAGUGCCUUUUGCAUUCAAGAGAAGGUGUAUUUCUUAAUGAGUGAUCAAAGGUCUGGACAAUCUGCCCUUGGAAAUGUCCAAUGCCAUAAAACCUUGUGGGGAGCUUGCCACCACCUCCUCUGCCCUUCCAUCUUCCCUUGGCGCUGGGCUUCAGUUCCUGUUCCUGCUGGGUACGUUGUCCUUGCUACAGCAGCCUUGUUCAUCUGCUGCUUUUAAGGAAUGCAAACUUGUGGGUUGCAUCUUUCCCCUGUAAGUCUGAGGAGUCUGCACACAUCUUCCAUACAUCAUCCUGGAGUCUGCUGUGGUGCAGGUCUUCACUGAGGCUGAAGGAGCAUUUGGGGCCCCAACUCUCUGAACCUUUAACGUACCACAGCUGUGGAGCAGGGACCGGAACCUCCAGACUGGCCUUUGCUUCUGCCACUUGAAAAGGUGCCCGUGCUAGGCUUGCCACCGCCUUUGCUCCUGAGCCACUUGCUCUCUGCCUCUUGUUCUCUCUCCAAGUGAAUGUCUGCUGUCAGCUGUUUCCCACAAGUCACCAGUUCUGAAACAGAAGUGAUGCUGGCCGUUGUGCACAUGAGGAAACUAAGGACCACAGUGCUGACUUCCUCAGCAUCUUCAGUUUCCCUGUGUGCCCUGGGCCUAGGACCUGCAGUCCUCGGCCCCUGUGUGAUUGCUGUUUUCUUUAGCUUAGAUGACUGCCUGAAACGAGCAGGCAGCUGCUUAGACCUGACUCGGUGCUCUGCUGGCCCUUUGUCCAAAUGUGUGUCCAUUUAAGGCUGCUACUGCUCGGUAGUAAAGCUGCUCUUCAGGUCAUGGUGGUUUCCUUUGUGGUCACCCAAGUGUUAAAUCAGCUGCAAAAGGUGCCAUCUCUGGCAGGGAUUCAGAGCUCACCAUUCAUCAGGCUGCCCCCAUUUCCCCACAAGCCUUUGAUUUUAUGUUUGGAGGUCUGAGAAUGUUGUCCGUCAGCUUGGUUUGAUUUUCCACAUCAUUCCGGAAGUCAGACACAUUGUUCCCCAACACAAAACUUCAUCCUCUGUCAACUUGUAGAAUUACCCUGAGUCAUUUAGCGUUGGUUUGAAGUAGACUUGAGUUAAAAACAGCUCAGAUGCAGCUGUGCCGUGUCAUUGGUGAGAAAAAUGUGGUUGCCAGGCUGGCGUGACUAACUGAUGUUUUUGUCAGUGAUUAGAUGGGUCUGGUGUCCCAGCUAUCAAGCUCCGUGGUUAAUAGUGAACAUUGUCCUGGUGUAUUUUUCUUUUUCCAUAUUAAAAUGCCUGCUUCUCACAGUGAUUAACUUCCCAGACACAGAUCUUGCCAAGAGGAGGAUGACCCUGGAAUGACCCAUCAGGGGACUGGGACCAGGAACCUGUAGAGAGGAACGCUGUUCUACGAGCAUUUGAUAAGGUCACAUUUCUCACUGGCCCUUUUGUGGGUACAGUGUUCAGUCUGUCAUGGCAUCUAGAAAACUGAAACAUUUCAAAUUGGAGCUUUUUUUGCUUGAAAGCGUUUCUGCCAGGCCUUAAUCCUGUUCCUCGUCUGUCACAGCAUUUGGGGGACUUUCGCCGUGUGUUAAAAGGCUUCCCUGUAAAGGUCGCAGAGAGCGCAGGAGUGCCGUCAUCUCUUGGUCAGGUGUGGAGGGAUGCAUGUCACCACUGUAGUCGGUGGGAGGUUCAGGUGUCGUUCCUGACCUUCAUCAGUGACCAGCACUGAGAGGAGAGGCCUUCGUCGGGAGGACAAGGAGACGUGUGAUCACAGUUGUAUUUGACACAGCUACUCUCUGUGGCACCAGGUUACGGUCACUGAUAGCAAUAGGAUUUUAUUAUUUUCAGUCCAGUAAUGAUUCUUGAAAUAGUAGAUGUUUACACAAAAUCUAAACAAUAACUCAAACUUAGGAAUCUGCAGGUCUGUGAUUUCUCCAUACCCCUGCCUCUGGCUUGUGCCUCUCUUCUGCAGCUGAGAAGUAGAUGGGGCUCCGUGGGAAGAUGUGCACCGUGUCCAGAACGCGGGCAUUCAUUGCCCUCAUAUGGGUUCUGUAUUUCGGUUUGUUUUUUUUUGUUGUUGUUGUUUUAGGGUUUUUCUUUGCUGUUGUUUUUUUUUUGUUUUGUGGUGCAGGGAGUUGAAUAUUAUUCAGUAUAAACUCUAGGCUGACCCUGACACCCCUGACUACCUCCUUAGUUUCUGUAUAGACCGGUUAUCGGUUUGGGUUGAAAGGUCAUUUUUUGUUGACUUAGAAGAUUUUAAAUGUGUAGUUUCUUCAGUCAGUGCUGUACCUGUCACAGUUCAGUCUGUGUUCAUCUGGGACAGCUUUCACAUGCGGAUCUGGAGAAAUGUGAUAGAAAAUGGUUUUGCACAUAUGGUGUGAGUCUUGCUGGUGUGUGUUUAGUGUGGUGACACUCGCCAAAGCUGCUUGGCAAACACAUCAAGAGGGAUGCUUGAGUCACAACUCUCAUGCAAAUGUGUCGAAACAGCAGUGUGUGUCGGUGUGGUAUAUUUUUGUAAACAUGGUGGUGGCUUCUUUCAGUCAUAUAAGUACCGGGUAAAAAUAACAUUGAAACACUGGAGGAAGAUGACACUUAGCUGUUCACAAAGCUACUUGCGUUAUCAGCUGUGGUGUGUGUGUGUGUGUGUCUGUGUGUCUGUCUGUCUGUCUGUCUGUCUGUCUGUCUGUCUCUACAGGAGAGGGACAAAUUGACAUCAGCAAUGUGGAGGACAAAAAUAGUACCCAUCACCACUUACUUUUUUAAAAGUAAAGUUUAAAGCUUUAGCUGAUGCAUUUACGCAUUAGAGGCCACUUGUACUCUCCAUAGUAUAUUGAACCUUGGGAAAUACUGAGAACUGGAAUUCUCGCAUUUAAUGACUGAGUUUGUCGGUCUUGACUGUUGAAGGCAGUAAAUCACCAAAACCUUGACUUCUGAGCUUCCAUAACUUGGCUGUGAGGUCUGUGCUCUCAUUGGAUCACAGUUUCUGAAACUGCAGUAACGGUACAUCUGCUAGUGAGACCCAUUUGAAAACCUGGGUCACUCUGAACAGUGGCAACCCGUCCAGGCAGCCCGUGUGCCUCGCCAUACUGCAAAACAGUUUGGCCCUGUCGGAGAUCACUCCCAUGGCAAUAGUUAACUCCAGCUACCUGAGUGUAACUCUCGAUUCCCUGUGUGCUAGUUGCUUCAAAAAGCACUUUAAUGCAUCCUUCACAGCUGCCCUAAGCGGUCACUGCCCAGGGUGCUCACUGGAGGUCACUUUGGGCUCAGUAAGCAGAAUGGCCCCUUCUGUUUGCCCCAGUCAGGCAUGGUUCUCGAAGUCUGCCAACACUUCAGAGUGAACGUUUUUGUUUUUUCUGAUGCUGUCGAGGGAAAGCUGCCGUUUAUAUCACUAAAUCUGCUUUGGGGGUGUGCAGGUGCUUAGAUAACAGGUAUUUGAUGCUCGAGCCUCCAGGAGUUCUCAGGGGGCUGGCAUGAGUCAUGGCCUGUUUGACAACCUGUGAGGGAGACCAGAAACUCAAGGAAAUGGAUACAUCGAAGUCUAGUUCCCUUCUACUUGUGUUCUAGGUCCCUGUGCAAAGAUGCAGGGGCUUAGAAGAAAACUUGGAGUUUUGUUUUAAGACUAGAUCCUCUUGGGGAACACGUGGUGACAGCACUGGGUAUUGGCCAGUGUUCCCAUCUCUGUGUGGCUGGUUUUGCAGCCUCCUGGUGACAGAGUUUGGUGAAACAGGAGGUUUAGCUGACACCGUCACCAUGCGGGCUGUAGAGGAGGCUGUGUAAAGAAUAUAGUGACCUGUUGAUUUUGCCCCUAUAGUUUUAGCUUUAACAUCUUUUGAGAGCAUGCCAAAGCCACAAGGGGCCUGGCUUGUGUCUCUUGGGAGCAAACGCUGCUGGAGGGAGGCAGGGAACUUGGUCACUGUCCAGCCUGGCCCUGCCCAGGCUAAGCCUCGCCUUCAUGUCUCUCCUCUGCAGAAUGGCGUGUUGCAGCUAACACUGGGGCCAGUUGCCUUUAUUCUAUUUUCUAUGAUGAAUACUUGUGGAGAAACUGUGACAAAUCCAUUGAUCCUAAUAUUUUUAUUGUUGGAGUCUUGUGGCUUCUCUGAAUAAUUUCUAUUUGAUUGUACUGUGUGGAAUUCAUACACACUAGGGAUAUGUUAAUAAAACUAAAAUGCAUAGUAUAAUAUAGAAUAGCAAAAAAUUUUGUGAACAAUUUAUAUAGAAGAGUAAGUUGUUUUUUAAGUGUUAGGCCAUUUCUUUUAGGAACCUAAAAUGUUAUAAGAGUUUUUUAAACAUUCAAUAUUUUUAAUUAUAAGAGACAUUUGUUACUAGAGCUAAUUAUUUCAGGUGUUCUAAUUGGAAUAUUGAUUUUCUU